AAGAUUCUGGAACCAACCAAUAACAUGUGGACCAAUAUUUAAACAAAUAUUAAAUCAGCUCUAAUAAUAAACUGUUCCCACCUCUACUCGAGUAUAAGUCGACUAUUAUAUUAAAUAAACCGUAUAUUUGUUGAUUUCCAAGUACUUGAGGAAGGCAAAGGAACUUCCACGGAAUCACCAGAUUUCGCUGUUUCUUUAGAAACCGAAAACACUGACAACUGAAGGACUGUAGGCAGUGACAUCCGAACGAACGAUCUAAUAAAUGUAAGCACAUUUAUUUCCACCUAAGCACAAAUUGGAACGUUUCGUUCGUAUUGCUUAAUCCUGUCCAGAACUUGUGAAGCCUCCAUGGACACUGCAGCGGUUCCCAAGACGGGCGAUUUCUUCUACGGCUGGGAUCUGCUGUACAAGACCGUCCAGGCGGAGGUGGCCAAGAAGUCGGACCUGCUGGUUGCCCUGGUUCACUUUCUCCUGACCAAACACUACAACUUUCGAUGCGUUGGCAUCGGCGACGAUAAAACCUUGCCGGAGGAAGAGGGCAGUGAGCUGCUGCCGGACAGCUGGAACGAUGACGAUACCAAGUACUCGCUGCGUUAUGUGCAUGACAAGUGCCUCUACCUGCUGCUGGGCCACAUCACCGAGGAUGCCCUGCUGAUCAACCUGAUGGACAUCAACACCAAGAAGGUGUCUAACAUCUGCGUAGAACCAGAGACCUUGGUAGCCGCCGUCAAGGGAGGCAUUACCACCUUGAUGCCAAGCGCCUCAGAGAUUGUAGAGCGCUAUCGCCGGGAACUCCUGGACCCGGUCUUCACUGGCAAUUCCCGAGAGGUCACCACCCAGACGACCACCUCGCCACGUCCCAGCGUAUCGGAUCCGGAUCCUUUGCGCAUUGGCGAGCCCAGACGUGGAGGGUCCUUCAUUCCGGGUGGAUUCGAGCCGCGCCCUUUUGGCUUUCCAGACAUCGGACGCGGAGAUCUGGAUCCACUAGGUCGUGGUGGCUCUGGUAACCUGUUUGCUUUUCCAUCGCGCCCAAAUAUGGGGCCGGGACCUUUGCCGCGCUUCGAUCCGUUCAGUCCCCUCAAUCCCAAUGUGCCGGGUCAGGGUGGAAUCAAUCCGGAUCACAUGCGCCCACCAAAUUGGAAUCCCGAUUACUAUAUGUGAUCAUCAGGAAUGCCAUCAAGAGUAGAAUAUUUCGAUAAAAAAUAAAGAGCAGCAGCCUGUCUGACCAUUAAGAAAAAAGAGGACCUGUUUGGGUUUUCACAAAAAAAUGAUUAAAAAUCUUUGAUUUAAAAAGUUAAAAUGAUUUAAAUAAUGUAAAUACCCGAACAGGCGCAUUGAGUCUUCGGCUGCCAAUGAAAAAUUUACAAUAAACUUACAAAUUAACUGAA